GUGCAGCAGUGAGGAGAUAAAUGUACUUACACAAGCAGAACCAAACAGACACGCACAGACUUAUGAACACACAGACCCUGAUACACACACACAUACACACGCAUACACGGAGCUAACCUGUGAAAUGUGUGUUCGUGGCCAGAAUCCGAUUUAAAUCGCACAUCCACCUGCCAGGACGCAGAGCCCCGUGGCAUUCAGAGAGUCAGGGAGUGUAUACCGAGAGGCACCGGUGACUCCUUACUGACUUUGAGCAGCAUGUCCAGCAGCGCAAUAUCGGCGAUCUCUAGCGGAGAACCCCCCGGCCGGGGCACCAAGGGCUUCCUGCCGCCUGAGGGGGGCUCCCGGCAGCAAAGUAACAGCACCCAGGACAAGGUGCGGUUAAAGAAGAAAGUGACUCUGCUGAGAGGAAUAUCGAUCAUUAUCGGCACGAUCAUCGGAGCGGGCAUCUUCAUCUCUCCCAAAGGAAUCCUGAAGCACACUGGCACCGUAGGGAUGGCCCUGGUUAUGUGGACCGCCUGCGGGAUACUCUCGCUUUUCGGAGCGCUCUGCUAUGCUGAACUUGGAACAAGUAUAAAGAAAUCAGGUGCUCAUUACACAUACAUCCUGGAAGCCUUCGGUCCACUACCAGCUUUCAUUCGAGUCUGGGUAGAACUCAUUGUCAUACGACCUGCAGCCACUGCUGUGAUAUCAUUAGCCUUUGGCCAGUACAUACUGGAGCCAUUUUUUAUGCCUUGUGGAAUUCCAGAAAUUGCGAUCAAAAUGGUCACCACUAUUGGCAUCACUGCGGUAAUGUAUAUUAACAGCAUGAGUGUCAGCUGGACUGCACGGCUACAGAUCUUUUUGACAUUCUGCAAACUUGCUGCCAUUUUAAUAAUCAUCUUCCCUGGAAUGAUGUCUUUAUUCAAAGGAGAAACACAACAUUUCAAUCAGCCAUUUCAAACAAAAGAAUUUAACCUUAUGGGAGUUCCUCUUGCUUUCUAUUCUGGAAUGUAUGCAUAUUCUGGAUGGUUUUACAUGAAUUUUGUCACAGAAGAAGUAGAAAAUCCUGAUAAAAAUAUACCUCUCGCUAUCUGCAUAUCUAUGGCAGUUGUUACAGUUGGAUAUGUGUUAACAAAUGUAGCUUAUUUCACCGUAAUGAGUCCUGAGGAGCUUUUGGCUUCUGAAGCAGUAGCUGUGACCUUUGCAGAGCGAUUGAUGGGCAAGUUCUCCAUAACAGUACCAAUUUUCGUUGCUCUUUCCUGCUUUGGGUCUAUGAAUGGAGGUGUCUUCGCAGUUGCCAGAAUGUUUUAUGUUGCUUCACGAGAGGGCCACCUGCCAGAAAUACUGUCCAUGAUCCAUGUUCGUAAACAUACACCUCUUCCUGCUGUUAUUGUGUUGUACCCUUUAACUAUCUUCAUGCUGUUUGUGGGUGAUAUUUAUAGUCUGUUAAAUUUCCUGAGCUUUGCCCGAUGGCUCUUUAUUGGAUUGGCCGUAACUGGUCUAAUAUACUUGCGAUACAAGCGUCCAGACAUGCCAAGGCCAUUUAAGGUGCCUUUGUUUGUCCCAGCUUUCUUUGCCUUCACCUGUCUCUUCAUAGUGGCACUGUCACUGUAUUCUGAUCCCAUCAACACUGGCAUAGGAUUUAUCAUCACUCUGACUGGUAUUCCUGCGUACUAUUUGUUUGUGGUCUGGGACAAAAAGCCAGAGUGCUUCCAAAGACUAAUGUAUUUAAUGACCACAACAGCCCAGAUCAUUCUUCAGGUAGUGCCUCCAGAAAAACAUGAUGACUGAUGAGCUCCACUGAUGGGACUAGCUGCUAAUUGAAUAUGAACAUUGUCAGACUACAAAUGUCAAAGAAAUGCUUGGUCAUUUCAACAAAGGCAUCCACUGGAAUUCUAACUUCUUCCUAACACUUACAAAACUCAUUCUAGGGCAUCUCUGAGCCCCUGAAAUCCUAUGGUGGCGAGUUCCUCUGGUCUUUUGCCGGAUGGAAGACUGGCAGAGAUUGCGCCAACACAGUUGUUUAAGCCAUUUCUCCAGGGUGGGGCUGAACAUCCACGGACGUUUUGGCAAGAAACCAGAAGAAACCCUCACCAGGAUUUCAGAUCCAGGAUAUUUACCAUUAUCUCUACAAGUGAUGUACUGAGUGGUUUUCUAAUAAUGAGGUUUGUAUUUAUUGAAGUAGUAUCUCUUUUCUUUCUGAAAGUACUUGUAAAUAUGCAAACCAACUGUUUGUUCUUUUUGUAGAAACAUGAAGUCACUUUGUAUGUAAAGUAAUGUAGUUUUGCUGCUGGUUUGAACACACCUCUCUUUUCUGAGAAAUGUAUUGGCUUGAUUGAAUGGUGGAACAGACUCAAUGGGUGGAACGGUCUAAUUCUGCUCCUGUAUAUUAUGGUCUUUUGAUUGCAAAUAAGGAGAUUAUGGCAGUGGUGUAGUGGUAAUGUUACUGGUUUAGCAAUCCAGAACAAGAUACUCUGAGAAUGUGGGUUUGAUUCCCACCAUAUAGAUGGGGAAGUUUGAGUUCAACUUAAGAACAAUGGAAUAAAGAGCUGGCCUAAUGAUAAUCAUGUAACUAUUAUCAAGUAUUGUUAAAAAGCUGUCUGACUCACUAUUGUCCUUUAUGGAAGGAAAUUUGCCAACCUUAAUUGGUCCCACCCACAUAUAACUUUUAACUGCCCUCUGGGCAAUUAUUGAUGGACAAAAAGUGCUGGCCCAAGUCACAGACAUCCUUACCCCAUGAUCAAAUAAAAAGCAAAUCAACACACAGUUGUGAUGAACAAAAAACGCAUUACAAGGACAGCUAGUUAUUCAAAGACCUUAGAGAUUUCAAUCAAAUAAAGUUUAAUCAAAUAAAGUUUAAUAUGUAAGAAAUGCUUGCAAAAAUCCAAGUAGAUUUAGCAUUUCUGGAACUCAACCAGGCAAUUAUAAUAUGAGAGCAAAUUACUGCAGAAGCUGGAAUCUAUACUGAAAGCAACAAAUGCUGGAGAUCACAGUGGGUCAGGCAGCAUCCAUGGAGAGAGAGAGCAAGCUAACAUUUUGAGUCUAGAUGACUCUUCAUUCAAGCAAACACUGAAUAUAUAAUACCGAAGAUUAACAUAGAAUCCCUACAGUGUGUAAGCAGGCCGUUCAGCCCAUCAAGUCCACACUGACCCUCUGAAGAAUAUUUCACCUAGCCUGCAAAUCCCUGGAGACAAUGGACAAUUUAGCAUGGCCAAUCCAACUAACCAGCAUAUCUUUUGACUGUGGGAGGAAACCAGAGCAUCCAGAGGAAACCCACGCAGGCACAGGGAGAAUAUGCAAACUCCACAGACAGUCACCCAGGGGUGUAAUUGAACCUGGGUCCCUGGCACUGUGAGGCAGCAGUGCUAACCACUGUGCCACUCUGCCACCCAUACCUCCCUAACUGGUAAGCUUCACUUUUGUUCUGUUAGCUAGUUCCUCACUAGUUCUUUAACCUGGGCUGAUCAUUGUUGGCAGUUUGCUUAAAGAUAUUUUCCAAUCAUUCUGUUCGUGGAUCCCCUCUGUAGUUGGUGAGACUUGAUCACAGGCCUCCUGGCUCAGAGGUGGAAAUACCAUCACCUCAGUAAGAGUCUGGUGGGCUACAUGUGUGUAUUGGAAGAUUCCUCUUCAUUACCUUUGGGUUAGUGUCUAGACAGGCAUGAAAAAAAAAUGCAAAAAUAUCACGAACCACUGUAACAAUUGUGAAGAAAGUGAGCGAAGGCGGUAAUUUGUGAAUUUAUGCUUGACUAUAUUUAUGGGUACAAGCAUUGUUUUCAGGUCAAAGGAAUCAUGACAUGAGUGGACAAGUUCUGUAUUGUGUGACUAAUAAAUUCCAAUAAAACCUUUAAUCAUA